ACUUUCAAUAUACAAAAAAGAGAGGGAGAGAGAAACGAUGAUGAAAAGACAAUUGAUACUUGGAGUGGUUUUGCUCGGAUUCUUGGUAAUUUUCUUGGACACCACACAAGUCGAAGCGACUAGGCCGUUUCGAGCCGACGGUGAGAUCCGAUUUGUGUUUCAAUUACUGCAAAGGGGUCCGGUGCCACCGUCAGGUCCAAACGGUUGUACCAACAUUCCAGGAGGUUCAGGCACGUGCCAUGGCUGAGCCGUCAUUUGAGUCUGAUUAUACCUCCUGGUUAUUUCAUUUUUAUUUUUAUUUUUAUUUUUUAAAAGGUUAGUGUAAUAAACACAAUAUAGUUUUGUGUAUUGAUUCUAUUUUGAUGCAGUUCUAGCAAUUAUGAAAGCAAAUGUAUGUAUUCAUUAACAUUGUAAAAGCUCCCAA